UGUGAGCGGAGUCUUUCACUCGUGCACACUGCGAGUCUCUUGAAGAUCUGUUCAUGCGGUAGGGUCAGAACAUCAUGGAGGUGCUGGAUGUCCUAAAUCUGGGCGAAAUAGCCCAGUAUUUCUCGAAAAUGGCGAUGUUUCCUGUUUUUGAUUUAGCUUAUUAUAUCGUGUCAAUAAUCUACCUCAAAUAUGAACCAGGUGCUGUGGAAGUGUCCCGUAAAAGCCCAGUGGCCUCAUGGCUUUGUGCAAUGCUCUACUGCUUUGGGAGCUACAUACUAGCAGACAUCAUGCUCGGUGUGUCUCCCAUCGACUACUUCCAUAACAACAGUCACAUCCUCCUGGCCUCCGCUGUGUGGUACCUGAUUUUCUACUGCCCUCUUAACCUGUUCUACAAAUGUGUGGCGUUUCUGCCUGUGAAACUUGUGCUGGUGGCAAUGAAAGAAGUGGUCCGCACACGCAAGAUUGCUGCAGGAGUUCAUCACGCUUACCAUGUCUAUCACCAUGGCUGGCUGAUCAUGGUCAUUACCGGUUAUGUUAAGGGGUCAGGGGUCGCUCUCAUGUCCAAUUUUGAGCAGCUGUUGCGAGGAGUCUGGAAGCCAGAGACCAAUGAAGUUCUCAACAUGUCAUUCCCUACCAAGGCCAGUCUGUAUGGAGCCAUUCUGUUCACCCUUCAGGAGGCUCACGUGCUCCCUGUGUCUAAAAGCACACUCAUCUGCCUCUUCACACUCUUCAUGGCCACAACCAAGGUGUUCAUGACGGCCCGUCACUCUCACGGGUCACCCUUCGCCCUCCUCGAGUCCUGGCUGUGCCACCUGCUCUUCGGUUCGCCUCUUGGUGUUGAAGAUGCCCAUGAUCACCAUCACUCUGCAGCAGCCGCUGCCUCUGCGCCCCUCUCGCCCGCCAAAACCAAAGAGGAACUGAGUGAAGUUACCCGCAAGAGGAAGUCCAAAAAAGCCGAGUAGAGUUUCAUCACAAGAUCAUCAACCCAGCCUGUGAUAUGAGCGGCUCGGCUCUGCUUGAAGAAGCAGGGAAUCUGAAGUUAAACCAGUGCAAGGUUCUCUUUCAGUGGUGCUUUUAAUGACAGACCACAAAGAUUCCCUCCGCUUUACCAACAUCUGUGUCUUUAUAUCUCGUAAUGUUUUCCAUCGUUCAAGCCCUAUUUUCCCCAUGCAUCUGAUGAUGUGAUGAGAGCCUGCAUCUAUCCGUCUGAGUUCAUACUUCACUGAAGCGUCCAUCCAAAUUACUCGAUGAGACCCGUCGUCCACCGCUGGUUGACUCCACUUCCACAGAACACUCCUGCUUCUUACAACCAGUGGCAUGAAAAAAAAAAAAAACAUAUUUUCAAAAAAUAAAUUAAAUAUUUUUCAAAUUCUUCCAAAUGUUUCUGCAAUUCAUGGUUAUUAUGGUUUAUUUGAAUGAUGUUAUGGAUCUCUGCAGAGAAAAUGUGUUUUUCAUUUGAAAAAAAAAAAUAGAUUAAAUAGAUUUUUUUUUCCUCAAACUGGUUUUAAAUUAAAGGUUAAUAUAUAGUCAGCCAUAAAGGUAGCCAUCAAUUCCCUAAGAGAGUAUUUUUUCUCACUGUUUCAACGCCAUUUGUGAAUAAAUUAAUACAUUAAAAAUAAAUGAUUAAAUACAAAACAA